AUGGCGCAAAGAGCACAGCAGAUCGCUUCGCAUCUCAACUACCCCUCGGGCCUGUUGGCCGGGCAGGUCGCUAUCAUCACAGGUAGCGGUCAGGGUAUUGGGGCCGAGUGCGCGCGACUGUUCGCCAACGAGGGCGCCAAAGUGGUCGUGUGCGACGUCGACGCCGCCAAAGGCGAGGCCGUGGCCAAGGCCAUCAACGAUGCCACCCCGGGCAACAAGCGCGCCAUCUCGGUGCCCGGCGACGUGACCGACCCCAACUACUUCCCCGUGCUGGUCUCCAAGGCCGCAGAGUUCGGCAACGGCAAGAUCCACAUCAUCGUCAACAACGCCGGGUACACCUGGGACGGCGUGAUCCACAAGAUCACCGAUAAACAGUGGGACACCAUCAUCAACGUGCACAAUACCGCCCCCUUCCGGCUGAUCAGACAAGCCGCCCCGUACUUCCGGGUCAAGGAUGGCGAGAAGAGAGUCAUUGUCAACAUCUCGAGCACGUCCGGCACGCACGGCAAUGCUGGUCAGGCCAACUACAGUCUGGCAAAGGCUGGUGUUACGGGUUUGAGCAAGACGAUCGCAAAGGAAUGGGGACCGCAGUUCGGUGUCCGCGCCAACACCAUCGCCUUUGGCCAAAUCAACACGCGAUUGACCCAAGCCAAGGAACAAGGAGCCUUCAUCACGACCGCCGACGGCCAGCGCAUCGCCCUGGGCAUUCCCGGAAAGCAGCUUGCCGAGCGGAAAGGAACUGACCCCAGCGCGGCGUUCAAGGACAUUCCCUUGGGCAGACCGGGCACCGCCACCGAAGCCGCCAGUGCCGUUCUGGCCGUGUGCUCGCCGCUGUUCUCCUACGUCAAUGGUCAGACCAUCGAAGUGACUGGCGGACGGAACAUGUAA